AUGCGUCAAGUCCUUUGUACAAUACUGAUCGCUAGAAAAACAUCUGGACUGUGGUUAACACACGGCAAGUAUGCCCUGGAACAGGAAACGCUGUAUAACAAGGCAAUUACCACGUACGUCACCAAACUGGAGCGUGGUCCUGGCGUCCUACCAGAAAUAGUUGAUGAUGGUGCAUCUAUGUCAGUGGAGGGUGAUGGCUCCGUGCUUCCGAUGGGAUGGGCUUUUAAGUCAGCAGGAGUACAAAGAAAGAAUCUCACGGUGGCGCAGAAAAACUAUCUGACUGAAGUCUUUCAAGCUGGAGAACGCACUGGGCAAAAAGCAGAUCCAACUAGCGUCUCAAAGGCAAUGCGAAGAGUAAAGCAUAAUGAUUGCUCUAAUAUCUUCGACAAGUGCGAUCUCACACCACUACAAAUAGCAGGAUUUUUUUCUCGCUUGUCAGCAAAGAAAACGUACUGA